CGGAUUGCGUGUACAAGUGUCGUUUAUGGUACCUCGUGCGAUCAGAUAAACGUUUGUGCGAGCCUAAAUAUUUAAAUUGGUCUAAGAGCCGGCAAGAGAACCGGAGCUCUCUGAAUCGUGCAUGAAACAGUCGUGCGCGCGUGCUCGUUAAAAUGUCCUUCUAUUUUCGCGACAAACUGAAAUUCGGCGACAGACUGCGCGGUAAAUCGGGUGAUGAACUUCUGCAAGAGAUCAAACAGCAAAUGGAUGAAGUCAGCAAGCCGUCCAGCAGAACGGGAGGACGAGAUCCGUCUGAACGACACACCAUUUUCCCAAGGGGAUUCCCGUUCGACGACGAGGGUUUCGGCCGACGUGGCGACAUUCGCGCCCACCUGGACGAUCUAGCGGCCAGGCACCCGGAGUUCGCGGAUCACUUGCUCGGCCCGCCUUGGGGCGACAUACCGUUUCACGGUACCACAUUCCGUAACCGUAAUCAUCGCGGAUCCGGGGGGAACGGUGUUGGGAACAACAGCUAUCAGGGUUUCUCGGACGAGGACGCGAGGAGCCAGGCGAGCGGCAGCAGCGCCGCCAGCGGUGCCAGCGCGGUCAGUUCGCACGGCGAACCGGAAGGGAAUCAGGAGAGAUCAUCCCGCCAGAACGAACAGUAUACCACCACCGGUAGAAGUCAAAUCCCGCAGUACGGGUUACGGAACACCGUCGACAUAGGUCAGCAUCAGCACAAUAUGGAGAAUCCGGAGAAAGGAAACCGCGGGCAACGGUCCAUGUCCGCUCCGCCGGAGAACAGACAGUUCUCAUCCCCGUCCGGUCAGAAGCAACCGGCUCCCCGACAGGAGCAACAGAACCAACAGCCACAGGGGGGGCAGAGGUAUGUGUCCAGAAUAGACAUAACGCCCCAACACAAUCAGCCUCAACAGCAACAACAACCUCAACAGCAUCAACCAUCGCAACAACAACAGAAAUCCCCGCAACAGCCGAGCAACGUCAGGCACAUACCGAUCUUCGUCGAAGGCAGAGACGAACCUGUCUUACCUAGAAGUUCCGACGAGCAUUUCAGAAGAGAACCUUCUCCCACGCAGUUUCACACGCCCCCUCAUUUCCAGAGACCGUCCCCAUUCGGACAGUCCUCGUUCGGCAGAUCCCAUCAGGCAUGGUCUCCGCAUUUUCAAGACUCGUUUUACCCGCCACAGGCUCCCUUCGAGCAACCGCCGGCCCGCAAGCAACAGCAGACUCCUCACGGCUAUCAGCAUCCCAGGGAACAGCAGUACGAGAGGCAAUCUCCGCAACAACCGCAUCAUUCUCAACAACAACAGUAUCAUCCUCAACAACAGCAUCCUCCUCAACAACAACAGUAUCAUCCUCAACAACAGCAUCCUCCUCAACCACAGUGUCAUCCUCAACAACAGCAUCAUCCGCAACAACAGCAUCAUCCUCAACAACAGCAACAACAACAAGAACCACCGAAACCAAAACCACCCAUCCUUCCAAAGGAUCCUCUGGAGAGGGUCGCCCUGGUGCAGACGGAAGUUAACUCCCUCGCGGAACAGGUGAAACAGUACAACGGGAACUCGAGGAAGGACAAACAGUACAUGUACCUCGACGAGAUGCUCACCAGAGAAUUGAUCAAGCUGGACGACAUCGAGACAGAGGGCCGCGAGAAUGUGCGACAGGCGCGCAGGAACGCGAUCAAGAGUAUACAAGAGACGAUCAGCUUUCUGGAAUCGAAGGUUCCUCUGCACUCGCAACCAAGCACGCCGGUAGAAGUGGAGAAACCGGAGUAUUCCGAGAACGACCAAGCCCAGACCCAGCCGGAAUCGAUGGAGGUCGAUCAGAAGCAGGAAGAAAGCGUGAAAGAACCAAUCCCACUGCCACCUGGCCCCUCGUCACCGACGAAAAAGUCCGACGAACCCGAGGAGAAGAAACCGGUUGAUGAUUGUCGACCUCCUAGUCGACAGACCGACGCAACUUCUGGUGAACCUAUGGACACCGGUCCAACGGAAACAUUGGACACUCCUAUUGACGCCCAGCAAACCGUCGAACAAGCGAAUGUUCCCGAGGAGAAGACGCAAAAGGAUACGGCGACAGUUCCCGAAGCGAUUCCUCUAGAAGAGAAGAACCAAAUUAUGAACAAUUCCGAACCGAGUACGUUGGAUGAUUCUCUGGACAAGGUACCAGAAGAGACCUCUUUGAGGACAGAGACUGCUGCUGUGAACGAAGACCAGAAGAUCACAGAGGAACCGUCCAAAGAGAAAUUAGAAGCGAUCAGACCGGAUGAACGGACGUCCGUCGAGGAAAAAAUGCAGGUGGAUGGAAACGCGAAACCAGUGGCGAAGUCGCUGAGGAAAGGGAAGAAGUCGAAGAAACAGACACCGGUCUCCGAUAAACCGAUACCUCUGCCACCGCCGGAGAACACCGAGGCGAGCCCGAAGUAACAAAUCGAGGAACAGAUGUGAUGCACCGAAAGCUCUCGGGAAUCAUUGCGCGUUGGCAUCGUCGUUCCCCUGAAGUUCGAUGGAAUUAUCUCGUCCGUCUGUUUGUCGUUAAGAACUGCCCACGAUCGAACGAUACUUCAAUGGGUACCAUCGAAAGUUCAUAUCGCACUUAUAACUGCCAUUGUUAUCGGUAGAUUCUUUUCGUCCAACGGUAUAAAAACUGGAACUGGAAACCGCGAUCGUUUCCUCGAUAAUACGCGUGUUUUUAUGAAUAUAGUAAAUGGCCUCAAUGAGUGCAACGUAGUCGGUUCUGUUUCGGAGUAU